AUGGCUGGAUUCUAUAAUACAUUAAUCUUAUCCUCUGCUAUUCUCAUAGCCACUGCUGUCAAUGCGCAAUCCAACAAGACCUCAUCUGCCCCUCCCGCUCAGACCUCUCCCUCUUAUCUUUCUGAUGUUGUGCCCUUAACAGGAAACGUUAAAGCUUAUCCAGGAUCCAAUUCAACCAUUCCUACAGGUGCGUUACCUUCUCUCACUUUCAAUGCCACUGGUUACCCCACAACGUGGAAGACACCACCCGUUGACUCUCCCGAAGUGAAGGCUGCGAUCAAUUCUAUCGAUUGGGGCCUCGUACCCAAUGCAACUGUUCGUAAGGCUAACUCCAACGGCGAUCUUAGUAUGAGUGGAUAUGAUUCCAACAGUGAUCCUGAUUGUUGGUGGAGUGCCUCUGGUUGUGUCAAGUCUAAAAACCCAAUCAUUCCUCCUGACUACUACCGUUGUCCGAAUGUCGGUGAAUGGGGCUUGACAUAUGAUGAUGGACCUCUUACUUCUGAUGCUGGUAGUUGGGCAGAACCUAACCUGUACAACUUUUUAGCAGAACACAAUCAAAAAGCCGGUUUAUUUUAUAUCGGCUCCAAUGUUAUUCAAGCUCCUGCUGCAGCACAAAGAGCUUUAGCUGAUGGCCAUACAAUUUGUGUUCAUACAUGGUCUCAUCCUGCCAUGACCUCGCUUCAAAACGAAGCCGUGGUUGCUGAAUUCUACUGGACAUUGCGCGCUAUAAAGGAAGUUACAGGAGUAACCCCUAAAUGUUGGAGACCCCCUUACGGCGAUGUGGACGAUCGUGUUCGUGCCAUUGCCUGGCAAAUGGGUAUGGUCACUGUUCUUUGGGAUGAAGAUACUGAUGAUUGGAACAUGCCUGGUUCUGGUGGUGGUAAUUUGUCUCCUGCGACCGUUGAUGGCUACUUUGAAGGCUGGAUCGCAGCCCGUAAGAACGGAAGCGAUAGCUCUACCGGUCAUAUCAUCCUUCAACACGAACUCAAUAACGCUACAGUGUCCAUGGCUGAAAAGUGGUUACCCCAAGUUAAGGAACCUUACUGGGAAACAAAUUUUGUGUAUCCUACAGCUGACGGAUCCAUCCCAGCCAACACCACGGCUUCAAACACAACAACCACUGCUAAUGUGACUACGUCAAUCCCAUCUCCAUCUGCUAGUUCUCCAUCACAAGCUCCUAUUCCAUCUGGCAUUAGCGUUGCCAAUGCCAAUGGCUCAACUAGUUCAGGUACACGUCUCUCCUAUCCUAGUGUUAUUACUGCUAUUCUCGGUAUGGCUGCUAUUGCAUAUGCAGUGUAA